AUGCCCAACAACAAUUCGACUUUGGACGAUGGCUUCCGGCAAUUGAACUACAAGGACCUCGCCCAUGCAAUCAAUUGUACUGCCUGGUGGAUUGAGGAGAACUAUGGCCGCAGUGACAAAUACGAUACUUUGACCUUCAUCGGUGCCAACGAUAUUCGAUACCUGGUUAUGAUCACGGCCUGCAACAAGACUGGCUACAGGCCGCUACUCUCAUCGACCCGGAACUCGGACGAAGCAAACAUGAGCCUCUUCGACGCUACCGACUGCUCACGUUUAGUAUGCACUGCCGAGAGAAGCCAGAAAGCGUUGGAACUCCAGAACCUUCGUCCCGGCCUGGAUGUGAAGGAGCUUCCUACCUUUGCCGAGAUGCUCGAAUCGCAGACCUCCUUCUACCCAUUCUCCAAGACGUACGAAGAAAUCGAGAACGACACCGCUUUUAUCAUCCACAGCUCUGGUACAACAGGACUACCCAAACCGGUAUACCUCACCUUCGGCUUCAUCGGUGCUCUCGAGCAGAUCCCAAGCCUGCCUGUUCCCUCAGGACGGGUUUGGGGAAUGCCCUACAUCCUCGAACCUGGCAACAUCAUCACCACCACGCCGUUCUUUCAUCUCAUGGGUCUUACUAUCUUCUUGCUAUCUGCCUUCCAUGACAUCCCAUUCCUUCUUGCUCCCGACAAGCCCAUGUCAGCCGAACUUGCGACAGAUAUACUGAACGUGGCCAAACCCACGGCCGCGAUGUUCCCACCCUCCAUUCUGGAGGAUAUGACCAAGUCUCCUGCCUCGAUGGAAGCACUCUCUAACCUGCGCUAUGUCUUCUUUGCCGGUGCGCCUCUGUCGCCGGAAGCAGGAAACCAUAUCAUUGGACACACCCGCUUGGUCAACUGGAUCGGAAGCAGUGAGUCUGGCUUCAUGCCUACUCUGCUCCCCGAGCAUGAGGAGGACUGGACGUAUUUCGAAUGGAAUCCAUCCUACGGCCUCGAAAUGCAGCCGACAGGCGAAGGCAUCUAUGAGCUAGUGAUCCCCAGACCCGCGAAUAUCAAAAAGCAUGCCAUCUUCCACACUUACCCCGAUUCGACUGGCUAUCACACCAAGGAUCUCUUUGCGCCACACCCAACGCGGCCCGGUUUGUGGAAGUACAUUGGUCGUAAUGAUGAUGUGCUUGUGCUUAGCAAUGGAGAGAAGCUCAAUCCGAUCACCAUGGAGAAAAUCAUCGAAGGACACCAUUUGGUCUCGCGUGCUCUAGUCAUUGGUCAAGGCCGGUUCCAGACUGCAUUGCUCGUCGAGCCUAACUGGCAUCUCUGGAGCGAGGACAAGCCGGUCAAUGGACUCAUCGAGAGCAUCUGGCCCACGGUGCAGAAAGCUAACCAGGCCGGACCGGCUCAUGGGCGGAUUAUGAAGAGCAAAAUCGGUGUUGCCUUCCAAAGCAAACCGUUCGGGAUCACACCCAAGGGCAGCACCAGGCGCCGGCAAACCAUGCAGAACUAUGCUGAGGAGAUCGAUGCCAUUUACAACAGCGAGGAUAGUGAGGGAGCUGACUUUGAGCUGCCCAAGGACGCUGAUCUAUCGACCGUCACGGCGUACUUGCGGAGCAUUGUCUCGCAUGUUCUCGACUCCUCGGAUCUGUCUGACCAAACCGACUUCUAUGCGGCUGGUCUCGACUCGCUGCAGACUAUGCAACUCAGCAAUGUCCUUCGCAAGGCUCUGCAGUCUCACCAGUCCCCAGAUAGCUCCCGGUCCAUCUCGUCGCAGGACAUCUAUGCAAACCCCACCAUCGAGCUUCUCGCCCGUCUCGUCUAUGGACUGAUGCGUGGAUCCGUUGAGGGUGGCGUGUCCCGGACUGAGAAAAUCAGCUCGCUUCUCGAGAAGUACACCAACGAUCUUCCAGUACAGACACAGGAUGCGCACAACACGAGUGACAAGCACAGAGUCAUCCUCACCGGAUCGACCGGCUCCCUGGGCAACUACAUCCUCAGCGCCCUCCUACAGGACCCGACAAUUGCCAAGGUGUACUGCCUUAACCGGUCCGAAGCUAAGGAACGACAGAUCAAGAGCUUCGAAGAGAAAGGCCUGACUUUCGGUCCCGACCCCCAGAACAGAGUCGAGUUCCUCCAAGCAUCGUUCGGCGCAGAGCAAUUCGGCCUGCCUGCCGACAAAUAUACCGAGAUGCUGCAAAGCGUCGACACCAUCAUCCACAACGCCUGGCGCGUCGACUUCAACAUCACCGUCGACUCCUACGAAGACGUGCACAUCCGCUCCGUCCGCCGCUUCGUCGACUUCUCCCUGCAAAGCACCCACCACACACACAUCCACUUCGUCUCUUCCGUGGCCACCAUCGGCGCCUGGAAGGCUUCUAACGGCCCUGCUGUCCCCUCCGCCCCCAUCGAGAACACCGACGUCGUCCUCCCCCAGGGCUAUGGUGAGUCCAAGCAUAUUGGCGAGCGGAUCUGUCUCGAAGCCUCCCGCCGCUCUGGCGUACCCACCACCGUCCACCGCGUGGGCCAGAUCGCCGGUCCAACGAGCGAGAAGGGUCUCUGGUCCCGCCAGGAAUGGGUUCCCACUAUCGUCGCAACCUCCAAAUCGCUGGGCAAAGUCCCCGACGCACUGGGCUCGACACCCGUCGACUGGAUCCCUGUUGACUCGCUCGCAUCCAUCAUGCUGGACCUGAUCACUACCCGUCGCGAAACCCAGUCGCACAACGGUUCCCGCUGCGCGGUCUUCAACCUCGUCAACCCCACCAUUACAACCUGGGACACUCUUCUCCCCGCCAUUCAAGCCGUGUACCCCGUGCAGGUUGUCCCGAUUGCGGAGUGGAUUAAUGAGCUCGAGAAAAUCGAGAACCCGACUGCGGAGCAAAUCCAGGAGAAGCCUGCGCUUAAACUGCUCGAUUUCUACCGCGCGCUGGCGGAUGGUGAAGAGGGUGCGUUGUCGGUGCCGAUUGAUGUCGCGGCGACGAAGGAGGCGAGUAAGACGAUGAACUCGUUGGGUGCUAUCUCAGGAGCGUUGAUGGGUAAUUGGGUGGCGCAGUGGAGGUUUUAG